AGUGAAAACGAGAGUCAAGUCGAUAAAUGUCAAUACUUACAAGGGCCUUGUUAUUUAAAAAUACGUGAUGUCGUAGAAACGGGAAAGGAAGGAAGGCCGGAAAGAAUAGUAGUGCGAGUAGUUAUUAGAUUAUGAAAAAGGCUAGUAAGCAUCGUCCGGGUGUGGGUAACAUUUCGACUGUGUGCUUCUCGGACGUCAAGAGGGAGAAAGGGGAAACUCGAGAAAGCACUCGAGAAAAUCUCUCGCAUUUUUACAUGAAGGAGCAAGACAUCCCCGAGUACCUGGAGGGUUGUGGACUCACAACUUGUACCGCCGGCGAGAUGCCCGAGGCAGUCGAGGUCCUCCGGGACUCCAAGGAACACCACCACAAGGAGAAGAAACUCUCCUCGGCUUCCUUGUCCACCUCGGACACCAAGAAGACGGUCACUGUCAAACAUCCCGAGUCCAACAAACCCAAACCGACUGCCAAAAAAGGCAAACCUAUUCAGGCUGAUUUGGACGUGUCAAAGGAAUUUGUGAGGUGUCGAGACGAGUGUGUAACACGUCUCGAUUUGAGCAAAUCGAGCAUCACGCAACUUCCAAGUACAGUUCGUGAUCUGACGCACUUGGUCGAGUUUUACCUCUACGGCAACAAGCUAGUGACCCUCCCUCAGGAAAUAGGAUGCCUCAGCAACCUGAAGAUUCUCGCUCUCAACGAGAAUUCGCUCACGAGUCUUCCAGACUCUCUGGAAAACUUGAAGUCCCUGAAGGUCCUCGAUCUCAGGCAUAAUAAGCUCAGCGAAAUUCCGGAUGUCGUUUACAAACUCACGUCUCUCACGACACUUUUUCUUCGAUUUAAUCGCGUCAGAUACGUGAGCGACAGCAUACGAAAUCUGACCAAUCUGACGAUGCUCAGUCUGAGAGAAAAUAAAAUCAAGGAGCUACCAGCUGGAAUUGGAAAACUCGUGAAUUUGAUAACUUUUGAUGUGUCGCACAAUCACCUUGAACAUCUGCCCGAAGAGAUUGGAAAUUGCGUCCAACUUUCCACCCUCGAUCUGCAGCACAAUGAGCUCCUCGACAUCCCCGAGACGAUCGGCAAUCUCAACUUGGUGUCGAGACUUGGGCUGAGGUAUAACCGGCUCUCGAGUAUUCCAAAAUCCCUCGCAAACUGCAAAUCAAUGGACGAAUUCAGCGUCGAGGGUAAUCAAGUCUCCCAACUCCCGGACGGUUUGCUCUCGAGUCUCUCGGACUUGAAAACAAUCACACUCUCCAGAAAUGCCUUCACCGCUUAUCCCUCCGGAGGGCCCUCUCAAUUCACCAACGUCUACUCGAUCAAUCUCGAGCACAAUCAGAUCGACAAAAUUCCCUACGGAAUAUUCUCCCGUGCGAAAAACCUGACAAAACUGAACAUGAAGGAGAAUCAAUUGACGGCUCUUCCCCUUGACAUCGGCACCUGGGUGAACAUGGUCGAGCUCAAUCUCGGCACAAAUCAGCUCACAAAAAUCCCCGACGACAUCCAGCAUCUUCAGAAUCUCGAGAUUCUCAUACUCUCGAAUAAUUUGCUGAAACGAAUUCCGGCCAGUAUAGCGAACUUGUGCAAACUUCGAGUUUUGGAUCUUGAGGAAAAUAAAAUUGAGACCCUGCCGAAUGAAAUUGGAUUUCUCCGCGAGUUGCAGAAGCUGAUUUUACAGUCGAAUCAGGUGACCUCGCUCCCCCGGGCGAUUGGCCAUUUGACGAAUUUAACGCAUCUCAGCGUUGGCGAGAAUAAUUUGAAUUAUCUGCCGGAAGAGAUUGGAACUCUGGAGAAUCUGGAAUCUCUCUACGUGAAUGAUAAUGCAAAUUUACACAAUUUACCGUUCGAACUGGCGCUUUGCACAAAUCUCAGUAUUAUGUCAAUUGAAAAUUGUCCGCUCACGCAAAUUCCCUCGGACAUUGUCGCCAAUGGGCCAUCGCUUGUUAUUCAAUUUUUGAAGAUGCAAGGACCGUACAGGUCCAUGUAACAGGAUUCGAGCACGUAAGCGUGUUAUGAUUGCAUACAUUUUUUUUUUUUUAAUUUCACUCUUGAGAGACGGUUGGAAAUCAUUCAGGGAUCGUUAUGAAUAUUAAUUUUAAGUCUUUAAUGGUAUUUAAAGAUAAGAAAAAAUGUCUGGAACGAAACUUAUUUGACCAAAAAGCUGAAUUUUAAACUGAAAAAAGGUAACUUUCAUACAAAAAAUUGAAUAGUUGCAUUUUCAGUUGAAAGAAUUAAUAUUGUCA